AGAGAUGGUGAUGAUAUAUGUUCCAUGAUGUUCCGUGGCAAGCCCCAGAUGGUUCGAAUGUGUUUGCAAAGCGUUGUCCGUUAUUGUUUCUAGCAACUGGAAGUUACAUUCAUUCCCCAAGUCGAGUGAGGACGUUGUUUAAGUCAAUCAAGUGUAGUUGAGUUUGAGUUGUUUGCCGAAGCUCCUUUGGCUCUUCGGAAACUGGUGCAGAAGCCAUGCCUCGCUUGGCGGCGGUUGGUGUCGCGGCCGUGGCUGCUUUUGCAGCGGGUGCGGCCUUUGUUGUUGCACCAGCCCGAGCUCCAUUGGCUCCCACCCCGCCACUCGCGUCUGGAGCGAGUGGAUCUGCUACUCAGUCUGCCGGCUGGGGCUUGGCUGCCGCAGGCAUCGCUUUCGGUGCGCAUGUUGGCCUUGCUGCAGCUUGGCGUGCUAGAGCUGCGACUGCAGCCCGAGCAGAGGGUGGAGGCAAGCCCUACGUGGAGACGCCUGCCGAUGAGCGCCUGUUUGAGCAGGUCUACUUGCAGUACACUUCCGAGUACAUGAAGGGCCCAAUGUACUGGCACCCUGACAAGAUGCAGGGAUUUGCCCCAGACUAUCCUGGACGUCCCAUUGUGAAGAACGGCAAGUACACUAGCAAUGUGAUCGGAAACCUGAAGGCCUUCAGCUCCAACGAGCUUGCGUUCCUUUCCAUGCUCUUCUUCGGUGUUGGUCUGUAUGGCAACCUUCAGUUCAACUAUUACGACCCCCAGUGGGCAAAGGUUGAUGCUGGUGGAUACUUCAACGCCUCUUACAUUGUGGAGUCGCUGCUGUUGCCCAUCUCCUUCUUCAUGCACAUUGCCUGCUACAUUCAGAAGCAGAACGGCAAGUAAGCACCAAGCAGUUGGCCGAGUCAAUUGGUUCCAAAAGCUGAGCCUUUUUUGAAGACGGCUGCAUGCUUGGCUCAAAAA